CGGCCCGGAGCCGCCGCCGCCCGUCCGGCCUCGCCGGGGCGCGGGCUGGCCCGCCAUGGGGUCCCUGUUCCGGAGCGAGACCAUGUGCCUGGCGCAGCUGUUCCUGCAGUCCGGCACUGCCUACGAGUGCCUCAGCGCCCUGGGCGAGAAGGGCCUGGUCCAGUUCCGAGACCUCAACCAGAAUGUAAGUUCCUUCCAAAGAAAAUUUGUUGGUGAGGUGAAGAGGUGUGAAGAACUAGAACGAAUAUUAGCAUAUUUGGUGCAGGAAAUUAAUAGAGCUGACAUUCCCCUUCCUGAGGGAGAGACCAGUCCUCCUGCACCACCUCUUAAACAAGUCCUAGAAAUGCAGGAGCAGCUGCAGAAGCUGGAGGUUGAGCUGAGAGAAGUCACCAAGAACAAGGAGAAGCUGAGGAAAAACUUGCUGGAACUGAUUGAGUACACUCACAUGCUCAGAGUGACAAAAACCUUCGUUAAACGAAACGUGGAGUUUGAACCCACUUAUGAAGAAUUCCCUCCCUUAGAGAAUGAUUCCUUGUUGGACUACAGCUGUAUGCAGAGGCUGGGAGCAAAACUGGGAUUUGUAUCUGGCUUAAUUAACCAAGGAAAAGUUGAAGCAUUUGAGAAAAUGCUGUGGAGGGUCUGCAAAGGGUACACCAUUGUGACCUAUGCAGAGCUGGAUGAGCCCCUCGAGGACCCUGAAACAGGAGAAGUCGUAAAAUGGUAUGUGUUUUUAAUAUCCUUUUGGGGAGAGCAGAUUGGCCACAAGGUAAAGAAGAUAUGUGAUUGUUACCACUGCCAUGUUUACCCCUACCCAAACACUGCUGAGGAGCGGAAGGAGAUUCAGGAGGGACUAAAUACCCGGAUUCAAGAUCUUUACACUGUGCUUCACAAAACCGAGGAUUAUUUAAGGCAAGUACUGUGUAAAGCCGCCGAAUCCGUCUACAGCCACGUCAUCCAGGUGAAGAAGAUGAAAGCCAUUUACCACAUGCUGAACAUGUGCAGCUUCGAUGUGACCAACAAGUGCCUCAUCGCUGAAGUCUGGUGUCCUGAGGCCGACCUGCACGACCUGCGCCGGGCGCUCCAGGAGGGGUCGGUAAGGCGGCCGUGGCCCCGUCGGGACCAGAGGGAAGGACUGGGGCUGCUCUGGGGAAGCCAGAGGAAGAAAGUGGGAAUGCCCUCGAGCGGUGAGAGGGCGCUGAGCUGACUGUUCUCUUGAACCACAGUUCUGGAGAGUCAGCCAUCCGAGCUGUGCGCAGGCGCGUGCAUCUUUCAUGUGUUCUUUGAGUAGGGAAUAGAGUCUCGUGGUUAAAAGUAAAACUUUAUAUAUGUAAAGUAAAAGACACAGUGGCGGAGUGGCUUCCUCCUACCCUGUUGCCUCAAAGAUAACCGUUGCUUCCUGUUAGGUCUUUGAGUUUCUUAAUCGUAGAU